AGGGCGGCAGCAGCAGCCGCGGCAGCAGUGGUAGCACGCAGAGGUGGAGGGAACGAGAGCACUAUGAACACAAAGGUGUUUCUCAGUGGUAAUUAGAUAGCCGUGAAGAAUAAAAUACACCUUUCAGUUUUUACCUGUGAACACAAUAGCACUGAGGGACAAUCUGAAAAGCAGAGAGGAAGAGAUCCGAUCAGUCACAGUAAGAAACACCAAAGUUGAAAGUUUGUUGGUUGGUUGAUUUUUCCCCCCCUCUGUUUUAUUUUUCCCCUGUGCGUACUGCCAUGGUCAGGAAGCCUGUUGUGUCCACCAUUUCCAGUGGAGGUUACCUGCCGGGAAGUGUUAACGGGAGGCUGCCUCCCGCGGGCGGCAAGGAGCCACCUGGGCAGGAAAAAGUGGUGCUGAAGAAGAAAAUCACUUUGCUGAGGGGAAUCUCCAUCAUCAUUGGCACCAUCAUUGGAGCAGGGAUCUUCAUCUCUCCUAAGGGCGUGCUCCAGAACACGGGCAGCGUGGGCAUGUCUCUGGUUAUCUGGACUGCCUGUGGGAUCCUUUCGCUGUUCGGUGCCUUAUCCUAUGCUGAACUGGGAACAACUAUAAAGAAAUCUGGUGGUCAUUACACAUAUAUUCUGGAAGUCUUUGGCCCAUUACCAGCUUUUGUACGAGUUUGGGUAGAACUGCUCAUAAUACGCCCUGCAGCCACUGCUGUGAUAUCCCUGGCAUUUGGACGCUAUAUUCUGGAACCAUUUUUCAUUCAAUGUGAAAUUCCGGAACUUGCAAUUAAGCUCGUUACAGCUCUGGGCAUAACUGUAGUGAUGGUCCUAAAUAGCAUGAGUGUCAGCUGGAGUGCCCGGAUCCAGAUUUUCCUAACCUUUUGCAAGCUCACAGCAAUUCUGAUAAUUAUAGUCCCUGGAGUUAUGCAGCUAAUUAAAGGGCAAACACAGCACUUUCAAGAUGCCUUUUCAGGAAAAGAUGCGAGUCUUAUGGGGUUGCCACUGGCUUUUUAUUAUGGAAUGUAUGCGUAUGCUGGCUGGUUUUACCUCAACUUUGUUACUGAAGAAGUAGAAAACCCUGAAAAAACCGUUCCCCUUGCAAUAUGUAUCUCAAUGGCUGUUGUCACCACUGGUUAUGUGCUAACAAAUGUGGCCUACUUUACAACGAUUAGUGCUGAAGAGCUGUUGCUUUCAAAUGCAGUGGCAGUGACUUUUUCUGAGCGGCUACUGGGAAAUUUCUCAUUAGCAGUUCCGAUCUUUGUUGCCCUCUCCUGCUUUGGUUCCAUGAAUGGUGGUGUGUUUGCUGUCUCCAGGUUAUUCUAUGUUGCGUCUCGAGAGGGUCACCUUCCAGAAAUCCUCUCCAUGAUUCAUGUCCGCAAGCAUACUCCUCUGCCAGCUGUUAUUGUUUUGCACCCUUUGACGAUGAUAAUGCUCUUCUCUGGAGACCUCUACAGUCUUUUGAAUUUCCUCAGUUUUGCCAGGUGGCUUUUUAUUGGGCUGGCAGUUGCUGGGCUGAUUUAUCUUCGAUACAAAUGCCCAGAUAUGCAUCGUCCUUUCAAGGUGCCACUGUUCAUCCCGGCAUUGUUUUCCUUCACGUGUAUCUUCAUGGUUGCUCUUUCCCUUUAUUCGGAUCCCUUUAGUACAGGGGUUGGCUUCAUCAUCACUCUGACUGGGGUCCCUGCAUACUAUCUCUUUAUUAUAUGGGACAAGAAACCCAAGUGGUUUAGAAGAAUGUCAGACAGAAUAACCAGAACAUUACAAAUAAUACUGGAGGUUGUACCAGAAGAAGAUUGUAAUAAAUCUUGACUGAAUGCAUUCCUUAUCUCGGCAAGUUGCCCUUGGCCUUGUUUCUGCUCAAGGGCAGAAGAAACAUAAUACGGAUCUUUACUUAAUUUUCUGGAAAUCCAGAGGAUUAUAAACUUUGGUAAUGGACUAAAGGAGUCAGUUAUUCCUAUCUAUAUAUUUUAGCAUAUUAAAACCAGUUUCUAAGAAAUUUGGUAUAAAUCUAUGUAGUUGGAGAAAGUUGACAUGCAAUUGUACCACAAGUUCACAUGAUUCUUUAGAGUCUUGGAUACCUACCUGUUGGGGUUAGGGCAGAAGACUAAGGGAAUGGACAAUCACUUUAGUAGUUGUUGUCUACAACUUAUCGUGACUAAGAACCUUCAAAUCGAAGACGGAGAUAUUUUCUGUAUAUAUGGGUUUUGCAAAAAAAUUUUAGAUACUGUAGUUAACUGUAUUUUGAAAAGUGCUUUCUACUUUUUUGGGAAAAAAGAGCAUUAAGUCAUCUUUAUGGCAAAGAGGAAAAGAAGUUUACUUUACACUGGCAUUGUAUUUCUUUCCCUAAUACAGAUACACCCAACUUAGAUAUCCCUCAUCUUUUUAAUGGAUUAUACCCAGAGCAUUUUGAACAAAGGGCCUUGAGUAAAUACGCCUACUUCUCUUGAGUAGAUUAAAGAAGAGUUUCUAGGGGCCAUUUGUUAUGAGACAAACCCAGGAAAUACAUUUAGAUAAAAAUCCUUGAGAAUUUAUUAUCCCAGGAUCUUUUCACUCAUUAUAGGAUGGCCCAUGGUUAUAAGCCAUUUUGUUUUCACAUCAGUCAAUUUGAUUAGGAAAGGUUGAAACACUAUGACCUUUUCUAGAGCAAUAGUCUGUUUGGUAUUAAAUCCUCUUAAAAAAAAUCACCUGUUUCACUACUGAUUUACCCUUUGAUAAAUAUGUCUAAAUACAUGUGUUUUAAUAUCUUCAAAUUGCAAUAUCAACGUAAGGGAGAAAUCACCAGGAAAGAAAACUCUCAAAAUAUUAUGCCCAUGACUAUACUGGUAUCCAUAUGCAAAGUUGGUAAAUCUGAUGAACAUUUAUUAAAAUUUCAUAUCUGUUCUUAACAAGUAA